AGUAAUCAUAGCCACAACCCCGGUGGCCAAUGCCACUUGGCUAAUAGCUGUCGUCUAGCAUGGCUCGGGGAAUAAAUACGCUGGACAUUCUCCAUCCCACUUCCAUAUUUUCUCGCCCCUGUUAAACAUACAGAACCUUGUCGCAACCGAAUACCAAAAUGGGUGACGCACCACCAGCACUUCCUGACUACGUCCUUGACGCCGAUGCAGUCCUAAAAGAUACGGAGGCCGCCUGGCGACAUGGCCGGGUGCCGAACUAUUCAAAGACUAGAGAUUAUUAUGAGCAGACUAAAACAAUGACACACGAGGCCGGAAGCCUUCCAGACCUGGUCGAAAAACUCGUCAAAAAUUGGGAAAUCGAAGCCUCGUUCAAGACCUCCCUCGCCGAUUGGAGGACCAUCGACCAGAAGACAUAUUCUUUCUCAUUAAACGGAGGUCCGCCGCAAUCCGGCGAGCAUAUGCUCAAAGUCGGCACCUACAACGCUCUCCUAACCGCGAGCUCGUACUAUGAUCCGGCACACAAUGAUUUCGAAACCAGCCAUAAGGCAUUCAAGCGCAUGAUGCCCACAUUUGCUUGGGAGGUGAAAGAAGUAUACAGCGGACCGCCGACUGUGGUCUUCAAAUGGAGACAUUGGGGUGUUAUGGCGAAUGAUUAUGUGGGAUAUAACGAUCGUGGAGAGAAGGUCCGAGUCAAGGCGCAUGGCGGCCUUAUCGAUAUUCAGGGUAUUGUCAUUGCUAAGGUAAAUGACAAGCUUGAGCUGGAGAGGAUCGAUGUCUGGUAUGAUCCCAUGGAUAUGUUUCGCCAGAUUGCCCGCGAAAACGCGGAAGCUGUUGCCGACACGGCGUCGGCGGCUGGGGGCUGUCCAUUCUCUGGAGCUGCGAAGACCUCAUCCUCUGAAUGAUAAAGUGACAUGAAAUUUUAUAUCUACCCAUGUACGCGUGAUGGAAUGUACGAAUAAUCUCUGAAAUAUGUUACGGAGAGAACACAUGUUUAUCGACAGAAUGUACGAUGCCCAGUUGAGACUAUGCACCACUUCAUUUUAUUUGAGCAACUAUAGCUAG